GUUGUUUUGGUCAGUUACCUCAUAAUUCUGAAGAUUGUGUAAUACCUUUUGACAUAUUGUUUUUCGUUGGCUUACUCCAAUCGGUUCACUGUGAGUAUAUUGAGUGCUGAAACAACAUGGAUAUAGUAAACGAAAGUGGAGAGAAGAUACAUUUUUUUAAUUCUUCAAAUCAGAGAAAUGAAAAUGUCCUCUGUUUCAAUUGCUGGAAAUAGCUAUUGCCAAUGUGUUUAACCUGUCAAAGGUUGCUUCUGAUGUUUAUGUGUUCAUGUGUUUCAGACCCUGAGAGUUGCUCACUGGUGGCUACACACUACAAAUGUCCGGCAUGUCGGCUGAAAAAAUGUUUCGAAGUAGGAAUGAAAGAAAGUCUCAUCCGAGGACCCAACGAAUCACUGAGACAACUCCGACAACGGUCCAAAGCAACAACCUCAAAACACGCGGACGGAGCAGCCUUUCAAAUACCUGCGCAUGUUUCAAGUGUGGUUCCUCCCACAAGUUUCUCACCCGUACUGGUCCAAGAGUUUGAUCCACAACCCGGUCCCUCUCGAUUACCCGCCAUGGUCCAAUCUCCGUCGGAUGAUUCUUCGUCAAUUCUCCCCCCGUCUUUUCUGGAAACGAUUUCGGACUCGAAUCUGUUCCAAGCUCUUGUGGUGAACAAAUGGAGAGAAUCUCACGUUAUCCGAGGGUUUCCGCCCGAAGAGCAAAGAAUCAUUCACGCCAUGUUCCAAAGCAAGCAUCAACAGCUCAUGGCCUACCGGGUGAGGCUCAGACCUAUUCAAGAGUACAAUGCCAUCUUGGGUUUUGCCAAGAGCCAGGGGCAAGAGCGAACGGAAGCAUUGAUGCUCAUCCAAGAUAUGACCCAUGAGUACUCGCAUUUCGUUAUGGAUCUCUUCUUGAAGGACCUGGCCAUUCCCGACCAGACGAAGGCAGCCAUAGUGCUUGGAAAGGAGAGUGUCAUCCAAGCCGUGGUCGUUUUCUUGUUUCUCGGACUAAGUAAUGCGUCAUCCUUCGCCGACCAGUUGGAAUCUUUCCCACCCAUUGGAGAGGGAAUUUUACUCGGCUUGAGAUCCAUCAAUUCCAAUGACGUGGGCAACGUUGUCCCAUUGGAUGCCAGCCACUUCAUUCCAUUCCAUGCCCUUGAGGCAUUGUAUAAGGUAUCUCCUCAUUUGUGCGCGGAAUCAUUUCAUUUUAUUUUGGCUCGUGAACUCUUCGCCAAUUCAAAAGCCACAUUGGGACCCGGAGACCACGACAUUCUCAAAAGUUUGGACUCGCUAACAUUGUACCUUCUCCGCAAUCAGGAUUUGGAACAAAAUCUCGCGGAAUAUAGAGCCCUGUAUGGCUUUAAGUAAUGAAAGACUUGCCAGAACCUCGAUUAGUUGGUUCGAAAUCAAACCAUGGAGAGAGCGAAAAAUGGAUAAUAAGUAACCAAUACUAUCAUACUAUGAUCAUGAAUGUCCAUCACCCCAAUCAAAUGGAGAGAAGUUGUACUAAACGUGGAAAUAAAGAUAUAAAAGGAAGACGACGGCGACAGCAAGCCGCAAAGUUCUUUGCUCAAAUCAUCAUGACCUUCGCUUCUUUCCUUAAUCGUUCUUAGGAAGUCAAUUUGGAGGGUAUAAUCCUUUAAACCCGACAAUCCCAAUCCUACUGGGUUUCCACUUCCCGUCAGGAUUAAUCAUCCUUCGACCAUGAUCUCAAGGUUUCAUAAUA